UUCCGAGAGGUUAUAAGACAGGCCGACAAAGGCGGCAGCCCUCCAACGCGAUAACUUAGUUAGAGGAGACUGAUCACAGAGGAAUAUGAACGGGCUUCUUUCUGCGCAACCCGUCGGUGGGAAGCUCAAGAAAGAGCUCGCCUGCACCUACGCUGGAUGCGCAGCGGUUUUCUCCAGAGACUGGAAGCUGAAAGAGCACGAGACUGUGCACAGCGGAGCGAGACCGUGUCGGUGCGCAGUUGCUGGCUGUGAGCGGCGUUUCAAAAGGAGGUCCCACCUGAACCGCCACAUGCUGGGCCACAGAGGGGUGAAGGCUUACCCGUGCAAGUUUGCGGGCUGCACGAAGGCGUUCUUCAACGCGGGCAACUUGAAGAGGCACGUGCGUUACGCACACGGGGACAAAAGCCGCUAUUUCAAGUGUAACCAGCCAAAGUGCAACUUGAGCUUCAAAAAGCGCAGAAUGUUUAAGCUGCACCUACAGGAGCAUAAUGUGCCAACCAAGUUCAAAUGUUCUAAGGAUGGAUGUGCAGCUGCAUUUGACUCCCACAUUGCCCGCAAGGCUCAUGAGAAGAAGCAUGCCGGUUACCACUGCCCUCAUGACAACUGCCAGGUGUUUGAGCACACGUGGGGGAAACUUCAGAAACACAUGGUCAAACACCCAGCCACAUUCACAUGCAGUGUGUGUAAAAAGGUAUUUAAAAAGGAAGGUACACUGCGAAGGCACAAACGGCUCCACGCUUCCCACAAACCGGUGCUGGUGUGUCCCAGAGACGACUGCCAGGCCUACUUCUCCACAACCUUUAACUUGCAGCACCACAUUCGCAAGGUGCACCUUGACCUCCUCAAAUUCAAAUGCUCCUUUCCCGACUGUCCUCGCAUGUUCGCAAUGCGGGAAAGCAUGAUGCGACACCUGCUUCGUCAUGACCCAGGUGCCACCACUUUGAAGGCAUGUUCUAAACGUACACGGGCCAAGAAAUCCUGGCAGAAGCGCCUGAAUGGGCACCAUCUGCCUCUGGUGGAGGAGGACCUGCGCCGCCUCUUCGCGCUGCGCAUGCGCAUCUCCAGACGGGCCAAAGUGGAGGCCAACCUGUCGGGCCUCUUUAACGAACGCAAGAUCCCACACUACGUGGAUCCGGAAGUUAACCUGCGUAACUUGUUCGGGAUCAAAAAGCCUCGUCCUGUGGAGCAGCCCGAGGUUGCACCUGUGAAAGGUUAAGAGAAUUUGCAGAUGGCAAAUUUUUUUUUUCAUUAAGAAAUAAGGGUCUAUUAAGUUUUGAAUGUAGAUGAUACAUUAAUAUUGAACUUACUUUGAGUAUGACUUGACACAUUUGUCAAACAUUUGUAUUUGUUUUUAUUUCUCGAAGAAAUUUUUUUCUUUCCGAUUGCCGACCCAAUAAAACUUGGUUAAAGUGACAAUUAUUUUUGCAGAUGGUUUGUGUUCUGCUGGAAGUCUGCUGCUUGGUAGCAGCUGAUUCAGUUUCUCAUUUAAUUGCAACUGAAAGUUGGUCUUAUUGUUGGCCCCUCUAACAGCUGCCCUCCUCCUGCAUACAUCUUUUGACUGCUUUGGCUGCACAUAUUGGCUGACAUUUGCUGAGCAUGUUGGAACUCAUUAGAUAUGAACAAAGAGCUACACAUGAGUAAGAACUGAAUCAGUAUGCUGCUUUGUAGGCGGCUGAGACUUUGUCUUCAAAGUGUCAGAUGUGGAGAAAGGAGAGAGCUGCAGUUUAAACUGCAUUUGAAAUAUUUAGUGAGGGUGGGACUUUUCCACUUGUCUGAAACUGAGGUUUAUACACAACUCCAAAGCUGCCAGUCAUAUUUCCAGAGCUGAUUUCACAAUUGGCUUCAGUCUUGGGUCACAGCUUAAUGUUUUGAGUUGGAGUGUUUAGUAUUGGAGUCACUUGGCAGUUUCAGCACAUGGUAUUGCAUUCAGAAGCCAUUUUUUUCCUCUUUGGAAGAGGGCCUUCCUCUAUAUAUGCUAAUGAAAAUAAAUGUUAAAUUGCUUAUCCAUGUCUUAGGUGAUGCCAUCUAAUUUAGACGACUUGUAAAUUUAUUCUGCAGCUGGAACUUUGACUGCAUUAAAAAUGGGCUUAGAACAAUAUAAUGGAAACAAUCUGAAAAUGACUUGCAUGGUUCCUAUUCUUUAAAUACUUGAGCUGUUUGGG